AUGCACACACUGCCACCGGAGAUUCAGUUUCCGUUAGUGGCUCUCACCCAGCAAUGUUAUUCAGCCAACCCCCCAAACACGCCAGGUUCAAAUCGGUCGCCCUGUUCUUCCUACGCGGAACAGGCUUGGCGUACCUUAUCAGAAAUCUACCAAGAAGGAAGAACAGGUAUAUCAUUUCUGCAGGGCACAUUUCUCUUGGCUCAGCUCGACUUUGCAAGUGGGAAUGCUUGGAGAGGAUGCAUGUCUGUUGGCCUUGGGAUGCGUGUUAUACAAUCAUAUGGACUUAAUCACGGGCGAGGUCUUUUAUCUCUGCCAGAUUCAGAUGCGGAAGAUAGAAGGCGUAUAACCUGGGCAUUUUUCAUGCUUGAUCGCACAUACAACGCAUCACGGAAUUAUUCGCUCUGCCUCUCCGAUAAUCACUUCACACUGCCAUUUCCUCUGACCGAUUCAGAUAGUCAAACGCGCUCUCGUGAAUCGUUACAUGAAAAACCACCAGUCCAUGGUCAAAGGCUUAAUCAAGACAUUUUGGCUUGUCUCCUCCGUCUGUACUCCUUGUGGGGUAAAGCAACCGAAUGGGUUUUUGAACCUUACGCCGUCCACUCCCUACCACCAUGGCAGAGUGGUUCGGCGCUUGCAAUUCUUGAAUCCGAAUGGAUGCAGUUCGAAACUCAGUUUGAAGACACUCAUCGUUAUAAGAAUGUCGGCUUUAAGCGGCGUGCUCGUGAAGACCCUGAUUCCCGACAAUAUCUCUCGACCUGGCUAUGUGUACAGUUUUUAUUGCAUUCCAUUCAAUGUCUUCUUCACCACCCUUUCGUGACCAUGGUCAAACUUCGAAACAUGAGUGGUAACCUGUCUGCUACAUUCCUGCAGAAAUCAUUUGAGGCUUCGUUACUCCAUUCAAGGUGGAUAGCUCGUUUUAUUAAGGAAAUGUCUGAAGUCCAAUUGAAGAUUUCCGAUCCCUUCUUUGGUUACUUAGCUGCAAUCGCAGCUACUAUUCAAAUCGAGCACACUGGAAACAAGAAUCCAAAGAUUGCACUUCUACUUAAUAAUGAGUACCGUGUUCUCAUUGGCUUUAUCAAGGAAUUGUCUGCUAAGUGGAGGAAUAUGCAAGUCCUGCUUGAUAGACUUAAUGAAUUGGCCUCGCGACACCAAAAUUACGGAUCUUUGUUUUAUAACCAAGAGGGCUUCUCGGGCCAACUUUCAAACAUGGCAACGUCUUCCAACCUGCCUAGAAUGUCAACUGAGGAUGAGGAUCUCAUGUGGGAUAUUGUUGAUCUUACAAGCUUAUCCAGCUCUUCGAAUGCACCAGGUUUGGGGGGAUUAGGGACAAAAUCGCGAGAUGAUAUGCAUGGAUAUGCGCAAAGGGGCACAAACCGACCGUCUAGUUCGGAUAUUGGAUCGGGAUUACACAUCGGAGCUACUACCGCAUACGACUUGACCAGCAUCAAUCCUAUAGAGGGUGAACCGCGAUCAGCUAUCGCAGGAGAGACAUCUGAGUGGCCGUUUGGAAAUCGGGCACACCAUGCUGACAUUGGACCAGGGGUACUGGUACCUGAUAUACCGGAUUGGAUGAUUUUCGGGGAUUUGAUAAAUGAAUAA